AUGAAGGAAUUUGGAGAGAAAACGUUUAACUGUUCCUAUUCCAAGCAUGCUUUGUCUGUGAAAGGUUGGACAAGAUGCAGAGAGAAUGAGGAACUGGAGGCCUUGCCUCAAGAGGACGUGGAGAGAAUUCUGUCUCUCGACGACUACGUCAUUUACAACACUGUCCAGGCUGUGGCCCGUGCCUUGGAUGCUGGUUAUUCAUCCAGACCCAAGAGGAUGGCGGUGGAGGAUGGAGGCAAGCUUCAGCCAUGGCAGCCCCUGCCUCACUCCAGGUGCGUGGAAAGGUGUCGCCCUGGGUUCGUCAAGGUGGUCCAGGAAGGGAAGCCAGUUUGCUGCUACGACUGUCCUCAGUGUGCAGAAGGGACCAUCUCCACCCAGGAAGAUUCAGACCACUGCACCAAGUGUCUAGAAGAUCAGCAUCCAAACAAGGACCGGGAUCAAUGCCUCCCUAACAUUAUAUCCUUCCUGUCCUAUGAAGAAUAUUUGGGCAUCAUCCUAGCUUCCCUUGCCCUAUUCUUGACCUUCACAACAGGCUUCCUAUUAGGAAUUUUCAUUAAAAAUCUUGAAACCCCCAUAGUGAAAGCCAACAACCGGGACCUCUCCUACGUUCUCCUCAUCUCCCUCCUGCUUUCCUUCUUGUCCUCCUUCCUCUUCAUUGGCCGGCCAAGGAAAGCGACCUGCCUCCUCCGACAAACGGCCUUCAGCAUCAUCUUCUCAGUUGCUGUCUCUUCCGUGUUGGCCAAAACAAUCACUGUGGUGCUGGCCUUCCUGGCCACCAAGCCAGGGAAUAGUGUGAGGAAGUGGCUGGGGAAAAGUUUGGCCAACUCCGUUGUCCUUUCCUGUUCCAGUGUUCAAGUUGUCAUCUGUACCAUUUGGCUGGGAAUCUCUCCCCCAUUCCCUGACUCUGACAUGCACUCCCAGCCUGGAGAGAUCCUACUACAAUGUAAUGAAGGGUCUGCUUCCAUGUUCUAUACUGCCCUUGGCUACAUGGGCUUCCUAGCUGCCAUCUGCUUCACGGUGGCCUUCCUAGCCAGGAAGCUGCCUGGGUCCUUCAACGAAGCCAAGCUGAUCACCUUCAGCAUGCUGGUCUUCUGCAGCGUUUGGGUGUCCUUUGUGCCCACCUACCUGAGCACCAAGGGGAAAUACAUGGUCGCCGUGCAGGUCUUCUCCAUCUUGGCCUCCAGUGCUGGGGUCCUGGGCUGCAUCUUUCUUCCCAAGUGCUACAUUAUUAUACUGAGGCCUGAUCUCAAUACAAAGGAGCAUCUCAUGAUAAAAACGGGAUGA